CUCACUGGAACGCUUGACAGACUAAGGUGGAGACACGGAUUCAAAGGUUUUGACCAAGAGGAAGGAAAAGGCACAAACAAUGGCGGAAUAUCAGCUCUCCGAGUUCCAAAAGAAAAAAAUACUGCACGUGUUCAACGUAUUCUACGACAGUAACUUAGACGGGGUUAUUGAAUGGGCUGAUUUUGAACUAGCCUUACAAAAAAUCUGUGGUAUUCACAAGUGGGAGGUUGGGAGCGAAAAGCACAGGAACGCUAAGGCUACAUUCGAAGUGAUCUGGGAAGGAUUGAGAAAGUUUGCGGAUGAGAACCAAGAUGACAAAGUCACGCAAGAGGAGUGGCUGAAAAUGUGGACGGAAUGCGUCAGGGCCGCAGAAAAUGGAACAGACCUACCUGAUUGGCAGAAAAGAUACAUGAACUUUAUGUUUGACGUCAUUGAUACUUCAGGUGAUGACCUUAUUGACGUAAAGGAAUACACCACUGUGUUCACCUCUUACGGUGCCUCCAAGUCCAACUGCGAAGCAGCCUUUGAAAAAUUCUCAGACGGCGGCCGCACUCAGAUUAACCGCAGUGCUUUUGAGACGCUUUGGAAAGAGUACUUUGUCUCUAAAGAUGUUAACGCAAACGGAAACUACCUUUUUUCUCAAAGGUUCUUUUAGACAAUUAAAGAUUAAAAAAAUAACUGGAAACCUUUCACUUUGACAUACGUAUAUUGUAUUUGCCGAAAAUGCUGUCAUAUCCCCACGUUUCAAUUACGAUGUCCAUUUUUGUUAGCUAGAUAAAAUUAUAUGAUGUUCUUCAGGGAAGCACGUAACGUGUUGCAUUGGAGUUUUUAUUAAAUUGAGUACAUAUGAGAAGGUGUCAUUUUUUUCUCGGUGUGUAACCAAAUGUUCCUCGAUUAAAGACUAACAAGGUGUAUAUGUGUGUCAGGGCUGUCAGUGUAAAAAUAUCGUAUACCGACUGUUUCUCCUAAAUUCUCGUUAUUCAUUAACUUAAGUGUUUAUUUUUCUAAUAAGCGUGAUCAUUGUUUAUUCAGAUGAAACCGUUUGUUUUUGUUUUUUUUUAACAAAAUUUACGAGGAAUAUAAACGAAUGAGGUCACUCUCAUGCCAAAGGUUCCGUUAUAUCUCAAGUUAAUCUAACUUGCUCCUUUAGUUAGCUCCCCUCUUCAAGCCUUAAGUUGGUUAGCGCGCUGGCGCAGCGUAAUGACCCGGGCGCCUCUCACCAAUACGGUUUCUGUGAGUUCGAGUUCAGCCCAUGCUGGCUUCCUCUCCGGCCUUAAGUGGGAAGGUCUGCCAGCAAUAUGCGGAUGGUCGUGGGUUCCCCCCGGGCUCUUCUCGGUUUCCUCCCACCAUAAUGUUGGCCGUUGUCGUAUAAGUGAAAUAUUCAGGAGUGCGGCGUAAAACACUAAUCGCAUAAAUAAAUAAAAAGAUGAACUGUUACUGAUGGUGUUCUGGGGGAAUCCUGUACCAGCAUGCUCUAUAUAUCCCAUUGCUGAGUGUAGAAUUCUGUUGGAUAACGAUAUAAGCAAUUUUUUGGUGUCAAGUUUGCUUAGGUAUCAACUUUUCUGCUUUUUCAGUCUGCCAAUAUCCAGAUACAAUGUAUAUACCGAUUUUAUCAUUACGACAUCGGUGCUAUCGGUUUGAAACCAUUUAUACACGAAUUAAUUACCAUCUACGUUAAAAAUUCUUUGUACUCUGCAGUAAAAUAUUCCCCAAAUCUUUUUUAUAACCACUGUUACUGCUACAGUGAAAUUCAUUUUCUUUUUUAAAUUAAUACCACCAUGUACGUUUCUGACAGAAUGUUCUAUAUGUCAUUUUACAUCCUACAUUUAGUAUGGGUACUGGUAUAUCUAAAUUUAUUUUCAGCUUGAGCGAAAAAAAAAAAUCAUGCCCAAAUUUUCAAACCAUCUGUAUAGACCACAGAUGUAGUAUUUUAGUUUUUAUGGGUAACCCAGAAACACGUAUCAUUGAGCUUACUCAAGUGUAUCUCAAAUAUAAAACAAUUUCAAUUAUCUGCAUCUUCUUAACGGUAAUAUAUAAGAAGUGAAUUUUAUCAACAAGACCAAUUCUUCAAGGUCAGGAAUACCUUUUUUGUUUGAAUACUAAUCUGUAUGCGUGCUCUUUCUUUUCCUUGACUAAAAAAACUACUGUUUUCAUGAUCAACGACUUGCCCCUCUCAUUCAUGUCUUCAUCCUAAAGUAAACACAUUUUCAUGGAAUUACUGCUGUUUUAAGAUCAAACGAAGCAUUUUCCAUUUUUCCACAUACUCAUCACAGAAAAUGCUUUGAUGCUUGGAGUAAAAUGGGCGUCAGUUUGGAAUUAUAAUAAAGGGACUGUAGCCAGUAGCUAUGAUAUCUAACCUAAUGGAAUUUAAUCUUAGGUUACAGGAGCAAACUGAUCAAAGGGGAAUUUGAACUCAAGGCAGGGUACAUGACCUUGGUUGUCUAGGACUGAGAUAUUAAGUGACUUUCUUGUACGUUCAACUUCGUCUUGUGCCAUUAUAUUUCACUGAGUAUCAACAUAUAGGGUGCCAAAAAAAGGCCUCGAAGUUUUAUAACAUCAAUCUACUUUAGUCCGACGUCGGAUGAUUAAUUUGAGUCAUUUUUGAAGUGGUCAUAUUCCACCAUUUCACAACAGAGGAAAGAAUGUCGGUAGUCGUGAAAUAUGUCCAUGUAAGAGACGCUCAUUCGGCAAUGAGACCAGGUCAAACGUUGCCGUUCACCUCAGCAUCUGGUGUAACCACUCUGCGUAAGCUAUGCGUUUCGUUUUGUGGAGCAUAUAUCAUAAGUGUGGUUGAGACUGUAAAUGCUCCAGUUGUUCGCAAAUUUCAGCCACUUGUAACGUGGAUUUUGUAAGUGGGUUGUAUUGACUACAUUUCUCUCUAUUGGUACAUGUGUCAAUAAAAAUCGAAUAUUCAUUACAUUGUUAUAAUGUGUGAAAUUCAUAUUUGAACUUUAACC